AUGGGUACUGACUGGGGCGUGGGAAUUAUCUGUGUUUGGUUGUUGUUAAUUUCAUUAAUCGGAGCUAGUUCAGAACAGGGCAUGGAAAUCAGUUGUAUUUGGUCAUUGUUGUUGUUGUUUUGGUUAAAUAAUGUCAUAGGGAUAAUUGUUGGGGGUAAACUAGGGAGCCCACUUUUGUUAGAACUUUGUGAAUCAAGAGGAGGUGGGUUGUUUGGAGUGUUUGGGUAUACUGCGGUAUUCUGGGCAUCUGAGAUCCUGGCAGGGUCCAUCAGUGCCGUGCUUAUUAUUGAGGGGAUGAGGAAGAGUUCAAAGAAUUCUAGAGUGGCAAGAAGUGUAUCUCUGUCUCUUUUCAAUGUGAUGGAUAUUCCUGAG